CCCGGCUCUGGGCUGCGGUCUGCGGGGGAGGGCGGGCUAAUUCGUGUCAGAUGGAGGGCGGCCGCGCGGGGCCCGCCACUCGCGCCUGGCUUUUGUUCCCGGCGUCUAACUUCUGACGGCAGGAGCUUUUGCAGAGUCCGGCUGAGACGCGCGCGAUCUGGGCCUCGCCCACGCACGACCCGGGGCCGUCAGUGCCCCACGCUCGGCUGUGGACCGGGGACGGAACACGGGGGUAGCCAUGCGGUGGCGCGCGCUGGCCCCGGGCCCGCCUGCGAGGUUGGCGCGCGAGUCCGGGGCGCGUGGGCGUCCACGCCAGCCGGAAGAGUUCACCACGUGUCCGCACAGCUUUAAGAAGAAGGACUUUAAAAAGCACAGAGUCUGUGGAGUGUGCAGACAGACCAUUGACGGUCAAGGGAUCGCUUGCCGAACCUGCAAGUAUUCCUGCCACAAGAAAUGUGAAGCCCAGGUGGUGACUACCUGUUCUGCACAAGUCCAUCUGGACCAGGUAAGAUUUUCAGAUUCCUUUGGGGCUCGGGUAUGAUCAGCCGGG